AUGGAGUGCUUCGUGAGAUGCCGGCAAGGUUUCCAUGUCAGAGGCAGCGACCUGAAGCACCUGUGGUUGCUGAAGAGAGACCUGGAAAAACGCAGAUGUCAAGAAGAGCAAAAGCUAGCGACCCUUGUCAAUGCCGAGAUCCUUCCAUUCCUGGCGGUGAGCUUCCACAGUUCGAGUAUGCUGGCUGCUGGUGGUUUGCACACCUGCGCAGUGAAAGAGACUGGAGAGCUGGCCUGCUUCAGCUGCAAUGGCAGUGGCCAGUGCAACGUGCCUGCAGGCCUGGGUCCACUGGUGGCUGUGGCUGCAGGGCGUGUCCACACCUGCACAGUGAAAGAGACGGGAGAGCUGGUCUGCUUCGGCCUCAACAGCCGUGGCCAGUGCGUUGUGCCUGAAGACUUGGGUCCAGUGGUGGCUGUGGCUGCUGGUCAAGGCCACACCUGCGCAGUGAAAGAGACGGGAGAGCUGGUUUGUUUCGGCAGCAACAGAUUUGGCCAGUGUGACGUGCCUGAAGACCUGGGACCAGUGGUGGCCGUGGCUGCUGGUCAGGGCCACACCUGCACAGUGAAGGAGACCGGAGAGUUGGUUUGUUUCGGCAGCAACCGCUUUGGCCAGUGCGAUGUGCCUGAAGACCUGGGACCAGUGGUGGCUGUGGUUGCAGGUGACAACCACACCUGCGCAGUGAAAGAGACCGGAGAGCUGGUCUGCUUCGGUGUCAACGACAGUUGCCAGUGCGAUGUGCCUGAAGACCUGGGUCCAGUGGUGGCGGUGGCUGCAGGUGCCGGCCACACGUGCGCAGCGAAAAAGACGGGGGAGCUGGUCUGCUUCGGCAGCAACAGCUUUGGCCAGUGCGAUAUUCCUGAAAACCUGGGUCCAGUGGUGGCCGUGGCUGCGGGUGAUGUCCACACCUGCGCAGUAAAAGAGACUGGAGAGCUGGUCUGCUUUGGCAGCAACAGCUUUGGCCAGCGCUCUGUGCCUGAAGACCUAGGUCCAGUGGUAGCUGUGGCUGCAGGGCGUGUCCACACCUGCGCAGUGAAACGGACGGGAAGGCUGGUCUGCUUUGGCGACAAUGGCAAUGAGCAGCAUGACUUGCCUGAAGACUUGGCCACAGUUUCGACCACCUCCCGUGCCCGGUUGCUGGUUCAGGAAGUGGUCCAGCAGGUACAUCACACAGAGCCAGCGGCGGAGAUUUCAGAGGACGAGGCCGCUGCUAUAGUGCGUGAACAGGAGGCAUCCAUCAUCCAGCACAACCUCGACUCCAUCGGGUGGGAGGCCGCAGUUGGCGGCACCGACACCACAGAGGACGGCGUGUCCUCCUCCGCCCCAAACGGUCGACUGUGGCGCGUGGUGCUACUGGAGUUGAGCCGUGCGCCCCCGGAGCUGAACCGCGUGCUGGAGGCCUCCGAUGCCCUUCAGCCCAUCCGUGAAGCCUUGGCGCUUGAGGGUUUCGAGUGGCGCUUGCCCUCCGGCGCCAAGGUCUUCAUGGACCCCAGCCACUUCCGCACCUUCCGCCAGCUUGACCGAAACGCACAGCUUCCGCAGCUCAGGCCGUGGCAUGUCCUGGUGACGGAAGACCAUGAGGACCUCGUCAUGGAGGCGGUGCAACAGCUGCCCUCUAAGCUCCAAGUGCGCCACAAGAAGCGUGUGACCGUGGCCUACGCCGGGGAGCCCGAGGACCCCAACAUGAUUUGGGUGAGCCGCACGUUUUUUCACAUUCCGUCGGUGCAAGUGGCCCUCCCCAACUCCGUGGUCCAGUCCACCACGGAGGCCCGCACGAACCACGGCAACCAUGGCCCAAACCCGCGCAGGUUCCACCCGAGCUGGGACUUCCAGUGA